AUGGUCAACACACUGGCAAAGUUCAUUGCAUUCAAGACAAUUUCGGGUUGCUCAACAUUUGCUGGCGAAUGUGCUCAGGGCGUAAUCUUCCUUCGCAGACACUGCAAGUAUCUGGGAGCCCAGACUAAGCUACUUGGGACAGGACAGAAGAAAAACCCGAUUGUCUUUGCCAAAUUCCCAGCGAAUGCACCUGUAAAGAAGGACAAGUCCAUUCUUUUCUAUGGUCAUUAUGACGUUGUUGGAGCUGGAGCAAGCCAUCCUAAGUGGAACACUGACCCAUUCCACCUGACCUCCCUAAAUGGGUACUUAUAUGGCCGUGGCGUCUCCGACAACAAAGGGCCGUCCCUUUCUGCGCUUUAUGCUGCAGCAGAACUCUAUCAGCGAAAGCAGUUGUCUUACAAUGUUGUUUUCCUCAUUGAGGGAGAAGAAGAGUCUGGUUCGCAGGGGUUCGGACAAGCCAUCCGUGAAAAUAAAACCUUGAUUGGUCCUAUUGACUGGAUUCUCCUGGCUAACAGCUACUGGUUGGAUGACCACAUUCCUUGCCUAACAUAUGGAUUACGAGGAGUGGUACAUGCAAACAUUGUUGUAUCAAGCAAUCAACCAGAUCUCCAUAGUGGGAUUGAUGGAAGUUCUCUACUCGAUGAACCUCUCAAGGACCUGACGCUACUUUUAGGAACGAUUGUCGGACCCAAAGGAGCGAUCAACCUCCCGGGCUUUCAUGAUCCGGUUUUAUCAUUAACACCCGCUGAAAAGGCACGCUACGAUGCUAUUGCCGAGGCGUUACUACCACACCACCCCGAGAUUAAGAAUUUUGAAUCAUUCACGGAAUCUCUAAUGCAUCGUUGGCGUGAGCCUUCGCUAACCAUUCACUGUAUUGAUAUUCCUAGUUGCAAAAAGUCGACCACCACUAUAUCAAGGAAGGCAAAAGCAUCACUUUCUAUCCGUAUCGUUCCAAACCAAGAAUCAAGCAAGGUGGCAGAGGAGUUUAUCAACUAUGCUCAGGCCCAAUUCUCUGAAUUAAAUUCGCAGAAUACCCUCACCGUCGAAAUUACCGGAACUGCAGAUCCAUGGCUCGGAGAUCCUGAUAAUGAACUAUUUGAAGCCCUUUCCCGUGCUGUGACAUUAACAUGGACUAAGCAAGGCAAUGAUAGCCAGGAAUACAACUACCCUCCACUGAAUAACCCGCAACUACGCUGUCGCCCUGCACCAAUUCAUGCAGAUUCUACUGACGCCGCACAUGUCGUUACUUCUUCAUCCUCGCCGAAAUCGCCUGCUGCAACGCAAAAGCAGUAUAUUCCGACAUCUUCGACUCUUGUCGACCCAUCGACUACCUCUAGUUCAAAUGGCAUAAAGCCUACUUCUACAUGUGAAAGUCAAGGCUCUGCCCAAGAAAAACGCUCACACUCUAUCUCUGGACAGACAGACUGCAACGUUAGAAACCCCAUCAAGCCAAUCUACAUCCGUGAAGGAGGGUCCAUCCCCACUAUUCGUCUUUUGGAAAAAGAAUUCGGUGCUCCGGCCGCUCAUUUGCCUUGUGGUCAAGCUAGUGAUAACGCCCAUCUAGAUAAUGAACGUUUACGGAUCCAAAAUCUGUACAACAGCCGUGAAAUUUUCAAGAGCAUGUUUUCUGGAAACUAA